AUGUCACUUCUGUCUCAGAAACUGACCGUCCCCAUGCAGGGAGACAGGAUCUUGCAGGUCAUGGCAAUGUUUGAAAAGCUGCCCCAAACACAAGGACAUAUUUGGGGAGUGCGCGCGCAGCAAUGGCGGCAAGGCCCGGCGGCGGGCGGCGGCGCCCACCCGGUACCAGCCACGGCGGCGGCUGCGUCACUUCCGGCCGCCUCCCGGUUACCGGUGCGCAAGGCCCACGCCAAGCGCGCGGCGGCCGCGCCUGAGCCGGAGGCUCCCGAACAGAAACGGCGCUGCUCCGGGCCCCGAGCGGGCUGGGCUCCCAGCAGCCGCGCCCCGUUGCGGGCUAUCAGCGUCCCGACGGCACCAGGCCCAGGCCGGGAAGAAGGCCCCGGGGGCGGCUUCGGGAUUAGCAGCGCCGCCUCCGGUACCGGGGGUGCGGCGGCGGGGGACCCGAGGGGGCAGCUGGCGGAGCUGCGGGAGAAGAUAAGGGGCCUGGAGGAUGACAACCGGCAGCUCCGGGAGCAGCUGCAACACAGCCGGGCCCGGGAGGAGGAGCUGGGCAGACAAGUGAGCUCUCUGCGCACGGAGCUGCAGCAGUCCCGGGAGGAGCGGUCCCGGUGGCAGCGGGAGGCGGAGGCGCAGGCGGCCGAGCAGCAGCGGCUGGCGGCUGAGCUCCAGGAGCGGCACCGGGAGCUGGAGGAGCUCCGGGAGGCGGCGCGGGACCGGGAGGAGCAGCUGGGGGCCACCCAGGCGGAGCUGCGGGAGGUGUCGGGGGUGCUGUCACGGCGCAAGGCGGAGGUGUCAGAGCUGCGGGCGCUGGCGGCGGCGCAGGAGGAGCAUUUGCACGCGCUGGAGAUGGAGCGGCUCCGCCUGCACAACCAGCUGCAGGAGCUCAAGGGGAACAUCCGCGUCUUCUGCCACGUGCGCCCGCUGCUGGCGGCCGAGCAGGAGGCGCAGAAGGGGCUGGAGCACCUCCACUUCCCCCCCGAGGACAACAAGACGCUGGUGCUCUGCAGGACCGAGGGGUCCCAUAUGGGGCGGCGGGGCGAGGUGCGCUACGACUUCAGCUUCGACCGCGUCUUCCCGCCCGGCGCCUCGCAGGAGGACGUCUUCGAGGAGAUCGCGCUGCUCGUGCAGUCGUCCCUGGACGGGUACCCCGUCUGCAUCUUCGCCUACGGGCAGACGGGCAGCGGCAAAACCUACACCAUGGAGGGGCCGGGGGGCGCCGACCCCGCAAGUUGGGGGGUGAUCCCCUGCGCCGUGCCGCACCUCUUCGGGGGCGCCCGCCAGCUGGAGCACAAAGGGUGGCAGUACAGUUUCAGCGCCAGCUUCCUGGAGAUCUACAACGAGGCGCUGCGGGACCUGCUGGGGGGGGACAGGGGGGGCGAGCUGGAGAUCUGCCACAUCAGCUCGGCCAGCAAGGAGCUGCAUGUCCCCAACCUGCGCUGCGUCCCCGUGGCCUCCGAGGACAAGGUGCUGGGGCUGCUGCAGACGGCCGCCUCCAAGCGCUCGGUGGCGCGCACGGCGCUCAACGACCGCUCGUCCCGCAGCCACUGCGUCUUCCAGCUCCACAUCCAGGGCUCCAACGCCUCCCGCGCCCUCCGCUGCAGCUUGGUGCUGAGCCUGGUGGACCUGACGGGCAGCGAGCGCUUGGAUAAAUGCCAAGCCAGCGGGCAGCGGCUGCGCGAGACCCAAGCCAUCAACAGCAGCCUGGCCACGCUGGGGCUGGUCAUCAUGGCCAUCUCCAACAAGGAGCCGCACGUGCCAUACCGCAACAGCAAGCUGACCUACCUGCUGCAAAACUCGCUGAGGGGCAACACCAAAAUGCUCAUGUUCGUCAACAUCUCGCCGCUGGAGGAGAACUUCGCCGAGUUGCUCAACUCCCUGCGCUUUGCCAGCAAGGUGAACGAGUGCAUGGUGGGCACGGCCCACGCCAACAAGAAGUAGCCCCGGGACCACCGGGACCCCCCCCCCAAAUUCCCCUCCCCCCCCCCCCGUUUGUGGUGGGGGGGGUGCAGGGGGUGUAGGCUGUCGCCUCUGGGGGUGGGAUGUCUGCGUGGGGUGUGUGCAGCUGUUCCUUUUAGCCUGACCUUAAUAAACAUGUAAAUAAGCAAAAACUCUUCUAAUAAUUAAAAGAAAAAAAAAAGCUGUCAA